AUGUUCCCAGCGCGAGGUUUGACGCACGCUCAUGCAAACAUCCUUCACCGGUUUGCACACCAUGAUCAAAUGAAAGCGACCAGCCUCAAAUGGAGCUUUGCUUCGCAUCUUGAAUGGAUGAACAAAAAAAGUGUAUAUAGCUCCAUCGUCCGUGUUUACAGUACCACUUUUUUACUCCAAGCAAAACAUUACUUUCCAUCGAUCCACUUUUACAAAGAAAGCCCAAGACCUUUUGAUUUACACACCCAAUCUUCUUAUAACAAGCUCAUCAAAUAUCCCUUGACUGGAUAUCAACUGGUAAAGUUGAUACCGCACCCAUAUUUUGCCUUAGUGUCUGUCUAUAGAAGUAAGUGCAAGGCUUGCGGCUGUCGCUCUCUUCCAAAAACCCCCGCACCCCGCGCGCGAAGAUAUCAAAAUAUCUAG